CACCAUACUUCACACAAACCAAAAAUCAAUACACAGAGAAAUGGGAAAGUCAUUCCUAUGCACGAUUGUCUCACUUUGUCUAGUGGCUGCUGUUGCCACGGCCCAACAAUGUGGCCAGCAAGCCGGUGGCGCAACCUGUGCCACCAACCUUUGCUGUAGCCAAUAUGGUUACUGUGGUACAACCAAUGACUAUUGUUUACCUUCCAAUAACUGUCAAAGCAAUUGCAACUCCGGCGGUGGCAGUGGUGGUGGAGAGAGUGCUACUAAUGUGAGAGCCACGUACCACUACUAUAAUCCUGAGCAGAAUGGAUGGGACUUGAAUGCUGUUAGUGCUUACUGCUCCACUUGGGAUGCUGGCAAACCCUUGGCAUGGCGUAGCAAGUAUGGCUGGACCGCCUUUUGUGGCCCUGUUGGGCCGACUGGCCAGGCGUCCUGCGGCAAGUGUUUAAGUGUCACAAACACAGGCACCGGGGCUCAAGUAACGGUCAGGAUUGUUGAUCAAUGCAGCAAUGGAGGGCUAGAUUUGGAUGCCGGUGUGUUCACGACACUAGACACGGAUGGAAGAGGAUAUGCCCAGGGCCACCUUAUUGUGAAUUAUCAGUUCGUGAACUGUGGCGAUUGAUUAUUCGUUACAAAAAAAUAAAUAAAUAAAUAAAUCAAACAAUACUCAAUUGCUAUUGGUGUUCAAAGUUACCAAAUAUCUAAAUUUGCGAAACAAAUCAAUGCCUAAGAACUUGUUAAAUAAUAAAACAAUAUGAAUUAUGAGCUCAAGUUGUUAUUAAUAUUAUUUUAUGUGUAUGACAAGGGCGACAAGCGAGAGCUUUGUGUUUCUACCCGUUAGAUUUUUUAUUUUAUAUUUUGGGAAGGUAGAAGUUAAAAUAAAAGAGAAUAAAGCCUAGGACCCAGCCACGAUCCGGCCUUCUUUGGAACAGCUGAGCGAAUUACUCUAAAAUUUGGCCAAAUGAGCUGGUUAAACCUUGUAGUCCAAAAUUGGACCAUCUCGCGGAGUUUGUAAACAAUUUUAUUUAUUAUUAUUAUUUUUUGCAAUCCGAUGUGAUUUUUUUUUUUUUAAGUCGUUUUAAUAUAACUCAUUUUAUUGUCUAA